AUGGCUUUAAUAUCGCACAAUAGUGUUAGUAUUGUGAAGGUGUCUUAUGCAGUCAGGGAACGUGUAGGAUCAUGGUGGGAUAUACCCUCCUACCAUAGGAAGUGGAAAAGGCAGAUUCUCAAAGACGUUUCAUUUCAUAUAGAAAGUGGCGAAAUCAUGGGCAUUUUAGGAAAUUCUGGAUCUGGGAAAACUACUCUGUUGGAUGCCAUAGCUGGAAGACUCAGCCAUAAGAGCAACUUUGUCGGGCAGGUUUAUGUCAAUGGACGUGAGCUGCAUCGGGAUCAAUUUCAAGACUGCUUUUCUUAUGUUCUCCAGAAUGAUACUUUGCUAAGCUACCUCACCGUAGAAGAAACUUUGACAUACAUUGCUUUACUGGCCCUUCAGAAACAUUCCUGUGACUUCAUAAAAAAGAAGGUUGAUGCUGUUAUGGCUGAGCUGGGGCUCACACAUGUUGCUAACAGCAUAAUUGGAAGCCGUAUUUUGGGGGGAAUUUCUGAGGGUGAAAGGCGUCGCGUUUCAGUCGCAGCACAGUUAUUACAAGAUCCCCAGGUCAUGUUGCUAGACGAACCAACAAGUGGUCUGGACUGCAUGACAGCCAAUCAGAUUGUAUUGCUGCUUUCAGAACUUGCUCGAAAAGGCAGGAUAGUAAUUAUUACAAUCCACCAGCCACGAUCAGAAUUUUUCCAGGUAUUUCAUAAAAUUUGCAUCAUGAGUUUUGGAGAAUUAGUUUUCUGUGGAGGGCCAUCAGACAUGAUUGCAUUUUUUGGGGGUUGUGGUUACACUUGUCCAGAACAUUCCAACCCCUUUGAUUUUUAUGUGGAUCUAACAUCAGUUGACACUCAAAGUAAAGUGCGCGAACUGGAAACAUACAGCCGAGUCCAAACUAUAUCCACAGCCUAUAAAAGUUCAGAAAUCUUUUGUAAAACUUUAGAGGCUAUUGAAGAAACGAAGUGCAAAGUGAAAGACCUGCCACCUAUACCUUUUAAAUACAAGGACUCGCCCAAAUCUUUCUGCAAACUAUGGAUUCUUUUGAGGAGGACAACAAGGAAUUUCUCCAGAAACAAGGCUGGGAUAAUCAUGCGGCUUUCCCAAAACUUAUUGUUUGCCCUUUUCAUGGCAUUCUUCCUCCUGAGGCUGAAUGAUGACCUUCUUAAAGGAGCAGUGCAAGAUCGUGUAGGGCUCUUUUACCAAUGUAUGAGUGCUCCACCAUAUACAGGAAUCAUUAAUGGUCUGGCCCUGUUUCCUGCAUUACGGGCUGUGGGAGACCAGGAAAGCAAAGACGGUUUAUACCAGAGAUGGCAGAUGUUGCUCGCCUACAUACUUCAUUUCUUGCCCUUCAGUGUCAUCAGCAUAGCACUUUUUAGCAUCUUUAUAUACUGGACUGUAGGAUUACACCCAGAUGCUUCAAGUUUUGGAUAUUUCUUUGCUGCGGUUGUAGUACCCCAUAUAGUAGGAGAACUGCUUACACUUGUUUUUCUUGGGGUAAUCCAAAAUCCCAAUGUGGUCAAUGGAGGAGUAAUGCUACUUACCAUAGCAGGAGUCCUAGCAGGAAGCGGACUUGUAAGGAGCUUGGAAGACAUGCCAACUGCUUUUAAGAUGCUAAGUUAUUUUACUUUCCAAAAGUAUGGCAGUGAAAUUCUCAUUGUGAAUGAAUUUUCUGAAUUAAAAUUCACAUGCGGUGGUCUUUUUAAUGUUUCUACUGGAAUUGGAGCAUCUUGUCCAUUCUCUCACGGGAUUCAGUUCGUUGAAAGAAGCUAUCCUGGAGCAGUAUCCCGGUUCACAAUUGACUUUUUACUAUUAUAUGCCUUUAUCCCAGCACUCGUAGUUUUAGCAAUUAUAAGUUUUAAAAUAAGAGAUAUAAUUAUUCUUAGGUAAUAAAAGUGCCACUAAAUGGUUUGUAAAAGUGCUAUUUUUAUACUUUUUUUGAAGCUGAAAGUGCAGCUUGAACUGUGAAAUCAAAGCCUUUUUCUGUUGUUGAAUGACUAAAGACUUUCCAUUUAGUCUUCCAUUAACACUUCAAAAACAAA